UUUUUUAGAAAACUUUGUCCGAAUAAAUCAUUAUCAAAAUCUUACAAAAACGCCCAUGUCACUAAAUCGCAUAAAGCCAUAAACCAGAACCGAAACAUUAAUUACUUGGGACAAAAAUGAAUUGUUCUGGAAAAUCGCAACCCCUUGUUGUGUGUGUUCCAUUUCCAGCACAAGGUCACAUAAACCCUUUCAUGCAACUUGCAAGAAUCCUUCACUUUAAUGGCUUCCACGUAACCUUUGUAAACUCCGAACUCAACCAAAAGCGCAUAGCCAAAUUCUUAGGACCCAGCUUCGUGAAGAACCAACAUGGUUUUCACUUUGAGACCAUCCCAGAUGGUUUGCCACCGCCACAGGAUGAUGCAAGCCACCAUGAUAACACUGCCCUUUGCGAUUCAACUAGAAAACACUGUUUGGAACCGUUUAAGGACCUUCUUAUGAAGCUGAACUCAAGUUCUGAGGUGCCUAAUGUUAGUUACAUAAUUUCUGAUGGCGCCAUGAGUUUCGCAAUCAAGGCGGCGCAGGAAUUGAAGAUACCUGAAGCUCAGUUUUGGACAACCUCUGCUUGUGGAUUCAUGGCGUAUCUUCAGUUUGGUGAACUUGCCAACAGAGGCAUUAUUCCAUUCAAAGAUCAAGAAUCUAUUACUGAGUGUGUCUUGAACAAUCCGAUAGACUGGAUUCCAGGUAUGAAAAACAUUCGACUUAAAGACAUGCCAAGCUUUAUUAGGACCACAACUCUAGAAGAGACCAUGUUUGAUUUCAUGGGGUCCGAGGCACAGAAUUGCUUAAAAUCAUCGACAAUAAUUUUCAAUACUUUCCAAGAUCUUGAGCUAGAAGUCCUUGAUGCAAUCAAGAACGACACAUUUCCCAACAUAUACAACAUUGGACCACUUCCAUUUCUAGGUAGCCAUGUCUUCAAUAAUAACAAGGACAAAUUAAUGUCCCAUGGAUCUUCAAGCCUAUGGUUAGAAGACUCAGGUUGCCUCAAUUGGUUAGAUAAAUGGCAACCCAAUUCAGUUGUUUAUGUGAAUUAUGGAAGUUGGACCGUCAUGAGUGAAGAUCACCUUAAAGAAUUUGCUUGGGGCCUUGCAAAUAGUAAUCACCCAUUUUUAUGGAUAAUUAGGGACAAUAUUGUGAUGGGUGAAUCAGCAAUUUUGCCAAUGGAAUUCUCUAAUGCUAUUAGAGAUAGAGGGUACAUAACAAGUUGGUGCCCACAAGAAAAAGUGCUUUCACAUUCAUCAAUUGGAGUAUUCUUAACACAUUGUGGUUGGAAUUCAGUGAUAGAAGCUUUGUGUGGAGGUGUUCCUAUUAUAUGUUGGCCUUUUUUUGCGGAUCAACAAACGAAUUGUAGAUAUGUUUGUGCAAAUUGGAGAUUUGGUGUGGAGUUAAGGCAUGACGUGGAGCGUGGUGAGGUUGCUGAGGUUGUUAAGGAAAUGAUGGAAGGAGAAAUAGGAAGGGAAUUAAAGAAAAAUGUUUUGGAAUGGAGGAAGAAAGCUCUAGAAGCCACUCAUGUAGGUGGAUCAUCGUACAAUGAUUUCAAUAGGUUAGUAGAAGAGGCCCUUCGUUUUCAAAAUGUAGUUUAAUUUGUUAUCAUUAUAUACCGUCCGCCUUAAAAUAAUUGUAGUUUUAAUUUUGAUAAAUAUAAAACAUUUUAUACACUCAUUUAAUUAUAUUUAUUAUUUA